AUGGUUGAGGCUGUCGACACUGUUGGUGGUGGUGGCCGUGACACACACAGAGUGGGAGAUGUCGAGAUUGCGAAGACUGAUACAAGCGUCACCAUAUCUGGUAAUCUCGACGAUUUGAUGCCACCACCGGAGAGACCCAUAUUCAGCUUCAAUUCCAAGCACGAGCUAAGCAAGUGGCAUUUGUAUUCUGAUUCCGAAUUUGGAGGUUUGUCCUCUGCGUCUCUGCAGAUAACUGAGUCGGAGAAUGGAGUAACUUGUGGAAUCUUCUCCGGGAACCUCUCUCGGGAUGUCUCUGAGAACUCUAAAUGGAGCAUCACUCGGAGUGGCUUCUGUGGAAUGCGCUCAAAAAAGUUUGAUGGCUUUAUUGAUUUAGAUUCAUAUGAUACUAUUGCUAUGAAACUUAAAGGAGAUGGAAGAUGUUAUAUAUCUACUAUCUACACAGAGAAUUGGGUCAAUUCACCUGGACAGAUGGAAGAUAACUCAUGGCAAGCUUUUGUUUAUGUGCCUGAAGGCAACUGGUACAUCACAAAGAUUCCUUUAGCUCGGUAUUUACCUACAUGGAGAGGGAAUGUUAUAGAUGCAGAAUUGGAAAUGAAUCCAUCGCGAAUUUUGGGCAUGUCUUUAUCUGUCAAUGCUGAGGGUGGUGUCCCGGGUGCUAGAUCUGGACCAGGUGAUUUCAGAGUUGAACUUGAUUGGAUCAAAGCCUUGAGAACAGAAUGA